AUGAACUCAUUGGAUUCUCCGCUUGAAGCUCUAGCUUUUAAUAACUUGAGCGAUGGCUUAUUGACGGCCGUUAACAGCAUAUGGCCGUGGGUUGCUGUUUUAACUGCCGCCGUUAGCUUGUGGAGGAUCAGAGCUUUAUCAUCUUCACAUUUGGUUCCACGUGGCAGAAGCCCAGAUGGCGCGUCGACUUCUUCAUCGUCGCCGUUAAGGAUGGAUGAGGCGGUGGUGGCUGAGGAUGAGAUGGCGACAGUUUCUUCAACUCAAUCUAAUACUGAGUAUUUCCCGGGUUCAAAUACGAAAUGCCGAGUUUUAGAGAGAGAAGGUAGUACGAAACGGAAGUUUACUUUGUAUUAUUGCGAUAAGGAUGAGUGUAGGACGGGUGAGGGUGGUGAUCACGGCGGUGAACCGGUAGUGACUGAGAAAAUGGGACGGUGGUGCGAUGAUUGGGAGAGGAUGAUGAUUGUUAAAAUGGGAGAUAUGGGUUGGUACCAGUACCAGGACUUAACGGUUCUUGACGGCAGCGUUGUUAGAUUGUGGGACAGUCGACGGCGGAUAAACGCCGCCCCAGUUUGUGGCGUUAAGUGGUAG